AUGGCAUCUGCUUCAGCCGUAAAGAAGAUCAGGAAGAAGAAGGUGUUUCCCACCGAUGAUGAUGUAGCUGAGGCUUUGGCCGAAUACACUUUCAAUCUCUCCAAAAAGUUCUACGAGGAGAGAGACUAUUUCACCGUCGUGAUCUCCGGUGGCGACCUCACCUUUUGGCUCCGUAAAUUGUUGGAUACCAAGUACGAUGAUAAGAUCGAAUGGUCAAAGUGGCACAUCUUUUGGGUUGACGAGAGAGUUGUUCCAUUGGACGAUGAAGAUAGCAAUUACAAACAGGCCUUGGAUCGUUUUCUCUCCCAUACCAAGGUUUCGAUUCCGAUUGCCAACAUCUAUACCAUUGACCAAGACUGUGCAGCACUUGGUGAUGCCAAGGGAGCCGCAAUUCUCUACGAGGAGUGCAUAAAAAAACUGGUGAACCAAAACAUCAUCCGGACAUACAAGUCUUCAGGCUUCCCACAGUUCGAUCUCCAGCUCCUAGGAAUGGGUCCAGAUGGUCACAUGGCUUCCUUGUUCCCGGGACGUUAUCAGAUCAAUGAGAAGGCAAGUUUGGUGACUUAUAUCACCAACUCCACUACAAAACCGCCACCGAAGAGAAUCACUUUCACUUUACCGGUCAUUAAUUGUGCUUCCUACAACCUCAUGGCCGUCUGUGGUGAGGCUCAGACAGAUGCUGUUGCAAAGGUUUUUAAAAAUGAUUUCACCUUGCCUUCAGCUAGGCUCACAGCUGAUACGGAAGCCAUCUGGUAUCUCGACCAAGCUGCUGCUUCCGAGCUCCCAAUAGGACUUUAA